UGCUCCUCCAUCCUCACCAGUGCCAGGAUAGCCAAGGUUGGGCUGGCUGCUCUGUGCAUAUGUCUCUUAGGAGUGCCACCACCACUCUUGUUGCAGAGAAGUUUGCCCCUCUGCCAGUCCCAUGUUCUCUCCCAUGCCUACUGCCUGCACCAGGACCUGAUCGAGCCGGUGUGUGCAGACAUCAUGUUCGAUGGCAUGUAUGGGUUAGCUGUGGUCAUCCUCAUAGUGCUCAUUGUUUUCUCACAUAUUAUGACCUGUAAGACAAUUGCGAGCAUCACAUCCCAGAGGGAGCAUCUCAAGGCUUUGAAGAACUGCCUGUCCCAUAUCCUGGAAGUCCUGAUCCUGGACAUCCCCGUGGCUGGCUCGUCCAUGGUUCACCGUUUUGGCAAACAUGCUUCCCGUCUUGUUCACAUCCUCCUGGCCGACAUCUACCUGCUGCUUCCCCCUGUGCUGAACCCCGUCACCUACGGCAUAAAAAGGAAACAUAUCUGCUCGGUGACUGCUGAAGCAGAGGAAGGUGAGUGA